AUGGGCAGCUAUUCAUCAAAAGGUGCUCAGUGUGAGGGGAGCAGGACACCUGGAGACAUUCUGUAUGAGGCUUUGGCAGAUCUGACACAUGAUGACUUCAAACGAUUUAAGGACAAGUUGUCUGAUUUCUCUGAUGGAGGGCGAGCCUCCAUCCCAUGUGGGCAUCUGGAGAAGGCUGAUUAUAUUACCACAAAAAAAUUGCUCAUAAAAAGUUAUGGAAAGGAAGCAGCUCUGGAUGUGACCAUACAGGUCCUCAGGCUGAUAAAUCUUAUGGGUCCUGCAGAGUCUCUCCAACAGCAAGUGAUACAUCAUGUUAAACCACAGAAGAUGUCUACCAAUGUGACACUUGAAGGCUGCAGAGUAAGAUACAUGGAUCAGAUGAGAAGGAAAUACCAUGUUAUUAAACAUCAUGAUAAAAGAUUAGGCAAAGGUCUGAAUCUGAAGAAAGAAUACACCAGUCUUCUACUGAUCAAGAAUCACCGUGAUGAGGAGGAGAGACUACAUGAGAUAAUAUCUUCAGGCCAGAGGCAUCUACAGAUUAUGGAGGACAGAUCAUCAGAUAAAUAUUCCCCAACCACUAUACAAGCUCUGUUUGAUCCUGAUGAUAAUGGAAUUAUUCCCAAAACUGUGGUAUUACAGGGACCUGCUGGAAUAGGAAAGACUAUGACAUCCCAGAAGAUCAUGCUGGACUGGGCCUCUGGGGAACUGUAUAAAGACAAGUUUCAGUUUGUGUUUUACAUUAGCUGUAGAGAAGUCAACACCAUCACUGGUAAUAUAAGCCUGGCUGGAUAUCUAUCCAGCUAUUUUGGAAGGACAUGUUCAUCUGAUUUGUUGCAAUUAACCUUCCUUACCUCAGAAGAAAUACUUUUCAUUAUUGAUGGUUUGGAUGAAUUAAAAUGGUCAUCGAUGAAUGACAUAAAGGUUUGUGAUGACCCAUUUCAGGAGGUCUCAACAGAAAGUCUACUAAAAAGUUUGAUUACGAAAACACUGCUCAGUGACAGCUCACUAAUCAUCACCACAAGACCAUUCUCACUGAUGAAAUUGAUGGACCUUGUAGAAUGUCUUCUGUAUGUGGAAAUUCUGGGGUUUACAGGGAAAGACCGUGAAGAAUAUUUCUAUCAUUUCUUUGAAACCAAAGAACAAGCAGAGCUGGCUUUCAGUACAGUUAAGGACAAUGAUACUUUGUACACCAUGUGCACUGUCCCUAUAAUUAGCUGGAUUGUAUGUACUGUAAUGCAACCAUUACUAAAAGAGGGAGUAUCUGUGAUUGAUUCCAAGACAGCCACAUCCAUUUACCUAUUGUUCCUAAAGGGUUUAAUAAAGUACCACGGAAGGGACUCUGCCCAGCAUAUAAGCGCAUGUAUACAUAAGCUGUGUACUUUGGCCAAUGAAGGAGUUUCAGAGAGCAGAAUUCUAUUUGAAGAAUCAGAUCUUGUAAGACAUGGACUCACUAUGUCAGAGGUGGAGUCUGGGUUUUUGAAUGAGAACAUCUUCCACAGGGACAUUAUCACCCAGACCUGCUACAGCUUCAUCCAUCUGAGUGUGCAGGAGUUCUUUGCUGCUCUUUACUAUGUCCUGGACGAUACAUCUGUAAAAGAACCUUACACUGACUUAAAAAUUAGAAAGGUGGAAAAGUUACUGGAGGCAUCAGAACACCGGCCACAUUUAAAAUUAACUGUACGAUUCUUAUUUGGUCUUUCAAGUGAUAAACAACUUCAGGAGACUCAGAGAACCAUUGAUUGUCCCAUUUCCUUCAGGGAAAAACCUGUCUUAGAGGAAUGGCUGAAGAGAAAGUCUUUAGAUUGCCAUAAUGAGAUACUAUGCUGCCUUUACGAGACACAGGACGAGGACUUUGUGGGGAGAAUGAUGUCCCACUUUCUUAAUGUGGAAAUUAAAGGUGAUAUAAAAGGGAAACAGGAGAACAUUGGUUACCCGGUUGUAGCCUACUGCUUGGAGAGAAGUACUGUACAGCAUAUUGUUACUUUUCAGUCAUACAUAAUCGGACUAAAGGCUCGGAGAGUUCUAUCUAAAGCACUUUCUAAGUGUUCACAACUUCGGUUCAGGGGCUGCAGGUUUCCUGUUACAGAGGACGUGGCUCAGGCUGGAGCCAGUUUAUCUGGACUAUUUGGACAGUGUCAGAUGGAGGAACUAGUGUUACAGGACUGUGGUCUGACCUCCUCCUGCUGUGAUGAUCUCCGCUCUGUUAUUACUACAAACCGCUCUCUGACCAGACUGGUCCUGUCAGAGAAUGCUCUGGAGGACUCUGGAAUAAAACUUCUGUGUGAGGGACUGAGACACCCGGCCUGUAUCCUGCAGGAGCUUAUGAAAGACCCCUCUCUGUUAUGGUACUGUGCUCUGACCUCCUCCUGCUGUGAUGAUCUCCGCUCUGUUCUUACUACAACCCGCUCUCUGACCAGACUGAACCUGUCAGGGAAUAAACUAGAGGACUCUGGAAUAAAAAUUCUGUGUGAGGGACUGAGACAUCCAGACUGUGCCCUGCAGGAUCUGAAGUUAGUGUUCUGUUAUCUGACCUCCUCCUGCUGUGAUGAUCUCCGCUCUGUUAUUACUACAAACCGCUCUCUGACCACAAUGGGGCUGACAUGGAAUGCUCUGGGAGACUCUGGAAUAAAGCUUCUGUGUGAGGGACUGAGACACCCGGCCUGUACCCUGCAGGAUCUUACGUUAAUGGACUGUGAUCUGACCUCCUCCUGCUGUGAUGAUCUCCGCUCUGUUCUUACUACAAACCGCUCUCUGACCAGACUGGAUCUGUCAAACAAUGAUCUGGAGGACUCUAGAACUAAACUUCAGGAGUGUGUGAGGCCGCCUCUGCAGCUUGGGAGACUCCCUGAAAUAGCAGCAAUCUCCAUGAUUGUACCUGACCCCCAUUAUGAAGUUAUUACAUUCUUGGGGAAAUAA